CGAGCCCAGCAGACUCGCCUCCUCACUGUGGACCUGGGCCAAUCGGCCUGUGACUGUCGGUCUUCCCAUCUGUCCGUUGGGGCCGGCGGCGUCUCCCUCCUGAAGCUGGCGUCGUCCUGAGGCUCCUGUGCGCAGAGCUCUGCACGCCCUCUCUCUCCUUCCUCCUCACGACGCCUUUGUCAUCUCCAUCUCACAGAUCAGGAAACGGAGCGUCAGAGAAGCGCAGGGGGUUGGCCAGGGCCGCCAGCUGGGAGGGUGCAGAGCCCGAUCUGACUGAGUCUGGCCUCCGAGCCCCUCUCCGGGCUUCCAGGCUGAGUCACGUCUGCAGGGAAUGGAUGGCAGCAGCGAGGGUCCGGCCUGGGGAACAGAACACCCCGCCGUCGCUGGCGUGGCCGCGGGUCGGGGUUCGAGCCAGCGGUUGGAGCGCACGCCUCACUGUGGACUUCUCCCUAGGCUGUGUGACUGAGACUCCGCGAGAGACUGAGGAGAGGACCGAGGAGAGGACCGGAAGGAGGGGCGGGCUCCUGGCAAGGCAUUCGCUCCUGGACGAGUCCUGCAAAAGAUGGAGAAGGAGGAGGAGACAACGCGGGAGCUGCUGCUGCCCAACUGGCAGGGCAGCGGCUCCCACGGGCUGACCAUUGCCCAGAGGGACGAUGGCGUCUUCGUGCAGGAGGUCGUGCAGAACUCCCCUGCGGCCCGCACGGGGGUGGUCAAGGAGGGGGACCAGAUUGUGGGUGCCACCAUCUACUUUGACAACCUGCAGUCGGGCGAGGUGACGCAGCUGCUGAGUACCAUGGGGCACCACACGGUGGGUCUGAAGCUGCACCGGAAGGGGGACCGCUCCCCCGAGCCGGGCCAGACCUGGACGCACGAAGUCUUCAGCUCCCGCACCUCUGAAGUGGUUCUGAGCGGGGAUGACGAGGAGUACCAGCGCAUCUAUGCCACGAAGAUCAAGCCCCGGCUGAAGUCGGAGGACGGAGUGGAAGGGGAGCCUGGGGAGACCCAGAGCCGCACCAUCACGGUGACCAGAAGGGUCACGGCCUACACUGUGGAUGUGACGGGCCGGGAAGGAGCCAAGGACAUCGACAUCAGCAGCCCUGAGUUCAAGUUCAAGAUUCCACGGCACGAGCUGACCGAAAUCUCCACUGUGGAUGUGGAGACCCAGUCUGGGAAGACCGUGAUCAGGCUGCCCUCGGGCUCGGGGGCAGCGUCUCCGGCCACAGGCUCUGCUGUGGACAUUCGAGCAGGCUCCAUUGCCACCUCGGGACCAGAGCUCCACGGUGCUGGCCACUCGAAGCUGCAGGUCACCGUGCCGGGGAUAAAGGUGGGAAGCCCAGACAUCAGUGUCGGUGCAAAGGGCUUGGACUUGGGCGGCAAAGGGGGGAUCCACGUUCCAGGAGUGGGCAUUUCGUCUUCUCUUGGCGGUGGGGCAGUAGAGGUUCAGGGCCCAUCUCUUGAGAGUGACAAUAAUGGGAAAAUUAAAAUUCCCACCAUGAAGAUGCCAAAAUUUGGUGUCUCAACAGGGCCCCAGCACCAGGCCCCAGAGGCAGGGUUGAGUGUUUCUGCACCUGAAUUCUCUGUGGGGCACAAGGGAGGCCAGCCAGGCAUGACCAUCGGUGCUCCCUGUGCCACGGUUCAGGGGCUUAAGGGGAAACUGAAGGGCCCCCAAAUUACCGGGCCAUCAUUUGAGGGAGACCUAGGCCUGAAAGGUGCCAAGCCACAGGGGAGCAUAGGGGUGGACAUCUCUGCUCCCCAAAUCAAGGGCACCAUCACCGGCCCCCAUGUGGAAGGUCAAGGCCCUGAUGUUGAUAUUCAUGGGCCUGGAGGCAAACUAAAUAUGCCCAAGAUGAAAGCUCCCAAAUUCUCUGUGUCAGGAUCUAAGGGAGAGGGAACUGGAAUUGACGUGACACUACCCACAGGUGACAUGACUCUUCCUGGGGUCUCUGGGGGCGUCAGCCUGCCCGAGGUUGCUACCGGGGGGCUGGAAGGGAAGCUGAAGGGUACUAAAGUCAAGACUCCUGAAAUGAUUAUUCAGAAACCUAAAAUCUCCAUGCAGGAUGUGGAUCUGAGCCUGGGGUCCUCCAAGCUGAGAGGAGAUAUUAAGGUUUCCGCUCCGGGAAUGCAAGGUGAUGUCAAAGGCCCUCAAGUGGCAGUUAAAGGCUCCAAAGUGGACAUAGAGACACCCAGCCUAGAGGGGACUCUGGUAGGACCGAAGCUGAGUGGUCCUUCUGGAAAAAUGGGAACCUGCAGUAUCUCCAUGGCAGAUGUAGACUUAAAUGUGGCUGCACCGAAAGUGAAAGGGGGUGUAGAUGUCACCCUCCCCAAAGUAGAAGGGAAAGUCAAAGUCCCCGAGAUGGAUGUCAAAGGCCCCAAAGUGGAUGUCAGCGCCCCGGAUGUGGAACUUCAUGGCCCGGAAUGGAACCUGAAAAUGCCCAAGAUGAAAAUGCCCAAGUUCAGCACUCCAGGAGUCAAAGGAGAAGGCUCAGAUAUAGACGUAAAUCUACCCAAAGGAGAUGUCCGUAUUACGGGGCCCAGCGUCAACAUGGAAGCUCCAGAUGUCAACAUAGGAGGCCUGGGGGGCAAACUUAAAGGUCCUGAUAUGAAGUUGCCUGAAGUGAGUGUCAAGACACCAAAGAUCUCCAUGCCUGACGUAGAUCUGCAUGUGAAAGGCCCCAAGGUGAAAGGAGAGUACGAUGUAACGGUACCAAAACUUGAAGGGGAACUGAAAGGCCCCCAGAUGGACGUUAAUGCCCCAGAUGUGGAUGUUCACGGCCCAGAAUGGCAUCUGAAGAUGCCCAAGAUGAAAAUGCCCAAGUUCAGUGUGCCAGGGUUCAAAGCAGAGGGCCCAGAUGUGGAUGUGAACCUGCCCAAGCCUGAUGUGGACAUUUCCGGGCCCAAGGUAGAUGUGACUGCUCCAGAUGUGAGAAUUGAGGGACCAGAAGGAAAAUUGAAAGGACCCAAAUUUAAGAUGCCCGAGAUGAAUAUCAAGGCCCCGAAGAUCUCCAUGCCAGAUGUGGACUUACAUUUGAAAGGCCCUAGUGUAAAAGGAGAAUACGAUGUUACGGUGCCAAAGGCUGAAGGUGAGAUUAAAGUUCCUGAUGUUGAACUUAAAAGUGCCAAGUUGGACAUUGAUGUUCCAGAUGUGGACGUUCAAGGCCCAGACUGGAACUUGAAGAUGCCCAAAAUGAAAAUGCCCAAGUUCAGCAUGCCUGGCUUCAAAGCAGAGGGCCCAGACGUGGAUGUGAACCUGCCUAAAGCUGACAUUGGCAUCUCAGGACCCAAGGUGGAUGUGGACAUUCCAGAUGUGAAUAUUGAAGGACCUGAAGGGAAGCUGACGGGUCCCAAGUUUAAGAUGCCUGAGAUGAACAUCAAGGCCCCCAAGAUCUCCAUGCCUGAGGUGGACUUGCACAUGAAAGGUCCCAAGGUAAAGGGAGAAUAUGAUGUUACAGUGCCAAAGCUGGAAGGUGACCUGAAAGGGCCAAAAGUAGAUGUCAGUGCCCCAGAUGUUGAAGUUCAUGGUCCUGAUUGGAACCUCAAGAUGCCCAAGAUGAAAAUGCCCAAAUUUACCAUGCCCAGCCUCAAAGGAGAGGGUCCAGAAUUGGAUGUGAACCUGCCCAAGGCUGAUGUAGACCUUUCUGCACCCAAGAUCGAUGUUAGUGCUCCAGAUCUGAGCCUUGAGGGACCUGAAGGGAAGUUGAAAGGCCCCAAGUUUAAGAUGCCUGAGAUGCACUUCAAAGCUCCUAAGAUGACUCUGCCAGAUGUUGACCUCAAUCUUAAAGGACCCAAAAUGAAAGGAAAUCUAGAGAUGUCUGCACCAAAACUAGAAGGUGAGAUGACAGUUCCAGACGUGGACCUCAAAGGGCCCAGCGUAGACAUUAAAGCACCAGAUGUGGAAGUACAAGGUGGAGACUGGAGCCUGAAAAUGCCCAAGAUGAAAAUGCCCAAGUUCAGCGUGCCUGGCUUCAAAGCAGAGGGCCCAGAAGUGGAUGUGAACCUGCCCAAGGCUGACAUCGACAUCUCUGGACCCAAAGUUGACAUAGAAGCUCCAGACAUGAGCCUUGAGGGACCAGAAGGGAAGCUGAAGGGUCCCAAGUUCAAGAUGCCUGACAUGCACUUCAAGGCCCCCAAGAUCUCCAUGCCUGAUGUGGACUUCAACUUGAAAGGCCCCAAAGUCAAAGGGGAUGUGGAUGUGUCAGUGCCCAAGAUAGAAGGUGAAAUGAAAGUGCCAGAUGUUGACAUCAAAGGACCCAAAGUGGACGUUGACGUCCCAGAUGUGGAUGUGCAUGGACCAGACUGGCACCUGAAGAUGCCCAAGAUGAAAAUGCCCAAGUUCAGCAUGCCUGGUUUCAAAGCAGAGGGCCCAGAAGUGGAUGUGAACUUGCCCAAGGCUGACAUUGACAUCUCCGGACCCAAGGUUGACAUUGAAGCUCCAGAUGUGAGUCUUGAGGGACCAGAAGGGAAGCUGAAGGGUCCAAAGUUUAAGAUGCCUGACAUGCACUUCAAGGCUCCCAAGAUCUCCAUGCCUGAUGUGAAUUUGAAUCUUAAGGGACCAAAACUAAAGGGAGAUGCGGAUGUGUCUUUGCCUGAUGUAGAAGGUGAAAUAAAAGUGCCAGAUGUCAACCUUAAAGGGCCCAAAGCUGACAUCAGUGCUCCAGAUGUGGAUAUUCAUGGCCCAGACUGGCACCUGAAGAUGCCCAAGGUGAAAAUGCCCAAGUUCAGCAUGCCGGGCUUCAAAGGAGAGGGCCCAGAAGUGGAUGUGAACCUGCCCAAGGCUGACUUAGAUGUCUCAGGACCCAAGGUGGAUGUUGAAGUUCCAGAUGUGAACAUUGAAGGUCCAGAUGCAAAACUAAAAGGUCCUAAAUUUAAGAUGCCAGAAAUGAACAUAAAGCCUCAGAAGAUACCAAUACCAGAUGUUGGUUUGCAUUUGAAAGGUUCUAAAAUGAAAGUAGAUUAUGACGUGACUGUCCCAAAAGUAGAAGGAGAGAUACAGACUCCUGAUGUCAAUAUUAAAGGGCCCAAAGUAGACAUUAAUGCACCAGACAUGGGAGUUCAUGGCCCAGACUGGCACCUGAAGAUGCCCAAGGUGAAAAUGCCCAAGUUCAGCAUGCCGGGCUUCAAAGGAGAGGGCCCAGAAGUGGAUGUGAACCUGCCCAAAGCCGACAUUAAUGUCUCUGGACCCAAGGUGGACAUUAAUGCUCCAGAUGUGACUCUUGAAGGUCCAGAGGGGAAACUAAAGGGCCCCAAGUUCAAGAUGCCAAGCAUGAAUAUACAGACACACAAAAUUUCUAUGCCUGAUGUUGGACUUAACCUGAAAGCUCCUAAACUGAAAACCGAUGUGGAUGUUUCCCUUCCUAAAGUGGAAGGAGACUUAAAAGUUCCUGAAAUAGACGUGAAAGCCCCUAAGGUGGAUGUGGAUGUUGGAGAUAUUGAUAUUGAAUGUCCUGAAGGAAAGAUAAAAGGCCCUAAGUUUAAGAUGCCAGACAUGCACUUCAAGGCCCCCAAGAUCUCCAUGCCUGAUGUGGACUUACACUUGAAAGGCCCCAAGGUCAAAGGGGAUGUGGAUGUGUCAGUGCCCAAGAUAGAAGGUGAAAUGAAAGUGCCAGAUGUGGACCUCAAAGGGCCCAAAGUGGACAUUGCUGCACCAGAUGUGGAUGUGCAUGGACCAGACUGGCACCUGAAGAUGCCCAAAGUGAAGAUGCCCAAGUUCAGCAUGCCGGGCUUCAAAGGAGAGGGCCCAGAAGUGGAUGUGAACCUGCCCAAGGCUGACAUCGACAUCUCUGGACCCAAGGUUGACAUUGAAGCCCCAGACGUGAGCCUUGAGGUACCAGAAGGGAAGCUGAAGGGCCCCAAGUUCAAGAUGCCUGACAUGCACUUCAAGACUCCCAAGAUCUCCAUGCCUGAUGUGGACUUACACUUGAAAGGCCCCAAAGUCAAAGGCAAUGUUGAUGUGUCUGUGCCGAAAUUGGAGGGAGAUUUGAAGGGCCCCAGGGUGGAUGUGGAGGUGCCUGACGUUGAUCUCGAAUGUCCUGAUGCAAAGUUGAAAGGGCACAAGUUCAAGAUGCCUGACAUGCACUUCAAGGCCCCCAAGAUCUCCAUGCCUGAUGUGGACUUCAACUUGAAAGGCCCCAAAGUCAAAGGGGAUGUGGAUGUGUCAGUGCCCAAGAUAGAAGGUGAAAUGAAAGUGCCAGAUGUGGACCUCAAAGGACCCAAAGUGGACGUUGACGUCCCAGAUGUGGAUGUGCAUGGACCAGACUGGCACCUGAAGAUGCCCAAGAUGAAAAUGCCCAAGUUCAGCAUGCCGGGCUUCAAAGGAGAGGGCCCAGAAGUGGAUGUGAACCUGCCCAAGGCUGACAUCGACAUCUCUGGACCCAAGGUUGACAUUGAAGCCCCAGACGUGAGCCUUGAGGUACCAGAAGGGAAGCUGAAGGGCCCCAAGUUCAAGAUGCCUGACAUGCAUUUCCAUGCCCCCAAGAUCUCCAUGCCUGAUGUGGACUUACACUUGAAAGGCCCCAAAGUCAAAGGCGAUGUUGAUGUGUCUGUGCCGAAAUUGGAGGGAGAUUUGAAGGGCCCCAGCGUGGAUGUGAAGGUGCCUGACGUUGAUCUCGAAUGUCCUGAUGCAAAGUUGAAAGGGCACAAGUUCAAGAUGCCUGACAUGCACUUCCAUGCCCCCAAGAUCUCCAUGCCUGAUGUGGACUUCAACUUAAAGGGCCCUAAAAUUAAAGGAGACUUGGAUGUUUCAGCCCCAAAGAUGGAAGGAGAGCUAAAGGGUCCAGAAUUGGAUGUUAAGGGCCCCAAAUUGGACGUUGACAUGCCAGAUGUAGCUGUGGAAGGCCCAGAUGGCAAAUGGAAAAGUCCUAAAUUCAAGAUGCCAGACAUGCAUUUUAAAACUCCUAAAAUCUCCAUGCCAGACAUUAAUCUACACUUAAAAAGCCCCAAGGUCAAGGGAGAGGUGGAUGUCGAUGUUCCCAAAUUGGAAGGCGACCUCAAAGGUGACAUCAGUGGGCCAGAUAUCGACAUUGAAGGACCUGAGGGCAAAUUGAAAGGCCCCAAGUUCAAGAUGCCUGACAUGCAUUUCAAAGCCCCAAAUAUAUCUAAGCCUGAUGUGGACCUAAAUCUGAAAGGACCGAAAAUCAAGGGGGAUGUCGAUGUGUCUGUGCCUGAAGUAGAAGGUAAAAUUAAAGUACCAGAUGUGAACGUCAAGGGCCCCAAAGUAGACAUAAGUGCUCCUGAAGUUCAUGGCCCAGACUGGCACCUGAAGAUGCCCAAGAUGAAAAUGCCCAAGUUCAGCAUGCCAGGCUUCAAAGGAGAGGGCCCAGAAGUGGAUGUGAACCUGCCCAGGGCUGACAUUGACGUCUCCGGACCCAAGGUUGACAUUGAAGCCCCAGAUGUGAGCAUUGAGGGUCCAGAGGGAAAAAUCAAGGGGCCUAAAUUUAAGAUGCCAGAGAUGAACAUCAAAGCCCCAAAGAUCUCCAUGCCUGAUGUAGAUUUACAUUUGAAAGGUCCUAAGGUCAAAGGAGACAUAGACCUUUCCCUGCCGAAGGUGGAAGGUGACCUCAAGGGCCCCAAAGUGGACAUUGAUGCUCCAGAUGUGGAUGUUCAAGGCCCAGACUGGCACCUGAAGAUGCCCAAGAUGAAAAUGCCCAAGUUCAUCAUGCCAGGCUUCAAAGGAGAGGGCCCAGAAGUGGAUGUGAACCUGCCCAAGGCUGACAUUGAUGUAACUGGACCCAAGGUGGACAUUGAGGGCCCUGAUGUUAACAUUGAAGGGCCAGAAGGAAAGUUGAAAGGUCCUAAGUUCAAGAUGCCUGAGAUGAACAUCAAGGCCCCCAAGAUCUCCAUGCCUGACUUUGACAUGCAUCUGAAAGGUCCCAAAGUAAAGGGUGAUGUUGAUGUUUCUCUGCCUAAAGUUGAAGGCCCUGAAGUCGACAUCAAGGGCCCCAAAGUGGACGUCGAUGUCCCAGACGUGGAUGUUCACGGCCCAGACUGGCACCUGAAGAUGCCCAAGGUGAAAAUGCCCAAGUUCAGCAUGCCAGGCUUCAAAGGAGAGGGCCCUGAAGUGGAUGUGAACCUGCCCAAGGCUGACAUCAGUGUCUCAGGACCCAAGGUGGACAUUGAAGGUCCAGAUGUGAAUAUUGAAGGCCCAGAUGCGAAACUGAAGGGCCCCAAGUUCAAGAUGCCUGAGAUGAACAUCAAAGCUCCCAAGAUCUCCAUGCCUGACAUUGAUCUGAACCUGAAAGGCCCCAAAGUGAAAGGUGAUGUGGACGUGUCUUUACCAAAAGUGGAAGGUGAGAUUAAAGUUCCUGAAGUGGAUAUUAAAGGCCCUAAAGUGGACAUUGAUGUUCCAGAUGUGGAUGUUCAUGGUCCUGAUUGGCACCUGAAGAUGCCCAAGGUGAAAAUGCCCAAGUUCAGCAUGCCUGGCUUCAAAGGAGAGGGCCCUGAAGUGGAUGUGAACCUGCCCAAGGCUGACUUUGAUGUCUCAGGACCCAAGGUGGACAUUGAAGGUCCAGAUGUGAAUAUCGAAGGUCCAGAUGCAAAACUGAAGGGCCCCAAGUUCAAGAUGCCAGAGAUGAACAUCAAAGCUCCUAAGAUCUCCAUGCCAGAUUUGGACCUUAAUCUUAAAGGCCCUAAAAUGAAAGGAGAGGUGGAUGUUUCACUUCCAAAUGUAGAAGGUGAUUUGAAAGGGCCUACUCUUGACAUCAAGGGCCCGAAGGUAGAUCUAGAUGCUCCGGCUGUUGACAUUCAUGGUCCAGAAGGCAAACUAAAAGGCCCCAAAGUGAAGAUGCCUGACAUGCAUGUAAACAUGCCCAAGAUCUCCAUGCCAGAAAUUGACCUGAAUUUGAAAGGUUCAAAGCUUAAGGGAGAGGUUGAUGUUUCUGGGCCCAAAUUAGAAGGUGACAUUAAAGCUCCCAAGUUGGAUGUAAAGGGCCCAGAAGUGGACAUUUCUGGUCCUAAGCUCAAUAUUGAAGGCAAGUCAAAGAAAUCUCGUUUUAAGCUUCCCAAAUUUAAUUUUUCGGGCUCCAAAGUCCAGACACCUGAGGUGGAUGUCAAAGUUAAAAAGCCAGAUAUUGAUGUAACAGGCCCGAAAGUUGACAUCAACGCUCCUGAUGUCGAAGUCCAAGGAAAAGUAAAAGGCUCCAAGUUCAAAAUGCCUUUCCUGAGUAUUUCAUCCCCUAAAGUUUCUAUGCCUGAUGUAGAGUUAAACCUGAAAAGUCCUAAAGUCAAAGGAGACUUGAAUGUGGCAGGCCCUGAUGUAGAAGCUGACUUUAAAGGACCCCAAGUGGAUAUUAAGGCACCAGAAGUCCAUCUUGAUGCACCUGAUGUGGAUGUUCAUGGUCCAGACUGGAAUUUGAAAAUGCCCAAGAUGAAAAUGCCCAAGUUUGGCGUGCCUGGCUUCAAAGCAGAAGGGCCAGAUAUGUCUGUGGAUCUGCCAAAAGGAGAUAUCAACAUAGAGGCUCCCAAAGUGGACAUUGAGGGCCCAGAAAUCAAUGUGGAAGGUCUAGAAGGAGGCUUAAAAGGUCCCAGACUCAAGAUGCCUGACAUGAAUAUUAAAGCUCCCAAGAUCUCCAUGCCUGACAUUGAUUUAAAUCUGAAGGGUCCCAAGGUAAAAGGUGAUGUGGAUGUUUCUCUUCCCAAAGUGGAAGGAGAGCUGAAAGGUCCAGGGAUUGACAUCAAAGGGCCCAAAGUGGACAUCGAUGUCCCUGAUGUGGAUGUUCAUGGCCCAGACUGGCACCUGAAGAUGCCCAAGGUGAAAAUGCCCAAGUUCAGCAUGCCGGGCUUCAAAGCAGAGGGCCCAGAUGUGGACAUAAACCUGCCCAAGGCCGACAUUGAUGUUCCCGAUGUGAGUCUCGAAGGUCCAGAUGCGAAACUGAAGGGCCCCAAAUUCAAGAUGCCUGAGAUGAACAUCAAAGCUCCCCACAUCUCCAUGCCUGACAUUGAUCUGAACCUGAAGGGCCCCAAAAUGAAGGGCGAUCUAGACGUGUCUUUGCCAAAAGUGGAAGGUGACCUAAAGGGCCCUGAGGUGGACAUCAAGGGCCCCAAAGUGGACAUUGACACUCCUGACAUUAACAUUGAAGGCCCAGAGGGGAAAUUGAAGGGGCCUAAAUUCAAGAUGCCAGAGAUGCACCUAAAGGCUCCCAAGCUCUCCAUGCCUGACAUUGACUUAAACCUGAAAGGCCCCAAGGUGAAGGGUGAUAUGGACGUUUCUCUUCCCAAGAUGGAAGCGGAUCUGAAAGGCCCUGAGAUUGACAUCAAAGGUCCCAAAGUGGACAUGAAUGCCCCUGAUGUGGACGUCCAUGGCCCAGACUGGCACCUGAAGAUGCCCAAGGUGAAAAUGCCCAAAUUCAGCAUGCCUGGCUUCAAAGGAGAGGGCCCAGAAGUGGAUGUGAACCUGCCCAAAGCUGACAUCGAUGUCUCAGCACCCAAAGUGGACCUGGAAGGCCCUGACAUGAAUAUUGAGGGACCUGAGGGAAAGCUGAAAGGUCCUAAGUUCAAGAUGCCUGAGAUGAACAUCAAGGCCCCCAAGAUCUCCAUGCCUGACUUCGAUUUGCAUCUGAAAGGUCCUAAGGUCAAAGGAGAUGUGGAUGUUUCCUUGCCUAAGGUGGAAGGUGAUCUGAAAGGCCCUGAAGUUGACAUCAAGGGCCCCAAAGUGGACAUUAAUGCACCAGAUGUGGAUGUUCAUGGCCCAGACUGGCACCUGAAAAUGCCCAAGAUGAAAAUGCCCAAGUUCAGCAUGCCUGGCUUCAAAGCAGAAGGCCCAGAAGUGGAUGUGAACCUGCCCAAGGCUGACAUUGAUGUCUCAGGACCCAAAGUAGAUGUUGAAAUGCCAGAUGUCAAUAUUGAAGGUCCGGAUGCAAAACUGAAGGGCCCCAAAUUCAAGAUGCCAGAGAUGAACAUCAAGGCCCCCAAGAUCUCCAUGCCUGACUUUGAUUUGCAUCUGAAAAGUCCUAAGGUGAAAGGUGAUGUAGAUGUUUCUCUGCCUAAGGUGGAAGGUGACUUAAAAGGCCCUGACGUUGACAUCAAAGGCCCCAAAGUGGAUAUCGAUGUCCCAGAUGUGGAUGUUCAUGGCCCAGACUGGCACCUGAAGAUGCCCAAGGUGAAGAUGCCCAAGUUCAGCAUGCCAGGCUUCAAAGGAGAGGGCCCUGAAGUGGAUGUGAACCUGCCCAAGGCUGACAUUGAUGUCUCAGGACCCAAGGUGGACAUAGACACUCCUGACAUUGACAUUCAUGGCCCGGAAGGGAAACUCAAGGGCCCCAAGUUCAAAAUGCCUGACCUGCAUCUCAAAGCACCCAAGAUCUCCAUGCCUGAAGUCGACCUGAACCUGAAGGGUCCUAAAGUAAAGGGCGAUGUGGACGUUUCUCUGCCCAAAGUGGAAGGUGACCUCAAGGGCCCUGAACUUGACAUCAAAGGCCCCAAAGUGGACAUCGAUGUCCCUGAUGUGGACGUGCAUGGUCCCGACUGGCACCUGAAGAUGCCCAAGGUGAAAAUGCCCAAGUUCAGCAUGCCGGGCUUCAAAGGAGAGGGCCCAGAUGUGGAUGUGAACCUGCCCAAGGCUGACUUUGAUGUCUCAGGACCCAAGGUGGACAUUGAUGUUCCAGAUGUGAAUAUUGAAGGCCCAGAUGCGAAACUGAAGGGUCCCAAGUUCAAGAUGCCUGAGAUGAACAUCAAAGCUCCUAAGAUCUCCAUGCCUGACCUUGACUUGAACCUGAAGGGCCCCAAAAUGAAGGGCGAUGUGGAUGUUUCCCUGCCUAUGGUGGAAGGUGACCUCAAGGGCCCUGGAAUUGACAUCAAAGGCCCCAAAGUGGACAUCGAUGUCCCUGAUGUGGACAUGCAUGGUCCCGACUGGCACCUGAAGAUGCCCAAGGUGAAAAUGCCCAAGUUCAGCAUGCCAGGCUUCAAAGGAGAGGGCCCAGAUGUGGAUGUGAACCUGCCCAAGGCUGACAUCAGUGUCUCAGGACCUAAGAUGGACAUUGAUGUCCCAGAUGUGAAUAUUGAAGGGCCAGAUGCGAAACUGAAGGGUCCCAAGUUUAAGAUGCCUGAGAUAAAUAUCAAAGCUCCCAAAAUCUCCAUGCCUGAUGUUGACCUAGAUUUGAAGGGACCCAAAGUCAAAGGAGAUUUUGAUGUGUCUGUCCCUAAGAUGGAAGGUACUUUCAAAGGCCCAGAAGUAGACUUGAAAGGUCCAGGUCUGGAUUUUGAAGGCCCUGAUGCCAAACUCAGUGGCCCACAUUUGAAGAUGCCAUCACUGGAUAUAUCUGCCCCUAAAGUAACUGUUCCUGAUGUUGAUUUGCAUCUCAAGACACCCAAAAUAGGAAUUUCUGGGCCCAAAUUAGAAGGCGGUGAACUGGACCUUAAGGGGCCUAAAGUUGACCUAGAAGCUCCAACCUUAGAUGUACACAUGGAGAGCCCAGAUGUCAACCUUGAGGGGCCAGAUGUUAAAAUUCCCAAACUUAAGAAACCCAAGUUAGGAUUUGGGGCAAAAGGCCCCAAAGCUGACUUCAAGUCACCCUCGGUCGAUGUGACUGUUCCUGAGGCAGAGCUAAACGUCGAGGCUCCUGAAAUUAGUGUCGGUGGCAAGGGCAAGAAAAGUAAGUUUAAAAUGCCCAAGAUUCACAUGAGUGGUCCCAAAAUUAAAACCAAGAAACAAGGAUUUGAUUUGAAUGUUCCUGGCGGCGAAAUUGAUGCCAGUCUCAAGGCUCCUGAUGUAGACGUGAAUGUUGCCGGGCCGGAUGCCACACUUAAAGUCGAUGUGAAAUCUCCUAAAACCAAGAAAUCUAUGUUUGGAAAGAUGUACUUCCCUGAUGUAGAAUUUGACAUUAAAUCAUCUAAAUUUAAAGCGGAGGCCUCCCUCCCUAGCCCCAGAAUGGAGGGCGAAAUCCAGGCCUGUGACCUGGAUGUUUCCUCGCCAGGGAUUAAUGUGGAGGCACCUGACGUCCACAUUGAAGGCCCAGAUGCUAAAGUCAGAGCACCGUCCUUCGGCAUUUCUGCCCCUCAAGUCUCCGUCCCCGAUGUGAACGUUAGCUUGAAAGGACCAAAGGUAAAGGGUGAUGUCCCCAGCGUGGGCCUGGAAGGACCAGACGUAGAUCUGCAAGGUCCAGAAGCGAAAAUCAAGUUCCCCAAGUUUUCGAUGCCCAAGAUCGGCGUCCCCGGCGUGAAGAUGGAGGGCGGGGGAGCGGAGGUCCAUGCCCAGCUGCCCUCGCUGGAAGGAAACCUGAGUGCGCCGGGGGUUAAGCUGGAAGGGCCUGAUGUGUCUCUGAAGGGGUCGAGAGUAGACUUGCCUUCCGUGAACCUCUCUAUGCCCAAAGUCUCUGGACCUGACCUCGACCUGAACUUGAAAGGACCAAGUGUGAAGGGAGACCUGGGUGUCUCUGGUGACAUCAAGUGCCCUAAAGUCUCAGUAGGUGCUCCGGAUCUAAGCUGGGAGGCACCUGAAGGUGGCAUUAAACUCCCCCAAAUGAAGCUGGCCCAGUUUGGCAUCUCCACUCCGGGGUCUGACUUGGACGUUAACAUCAAGGGGCCCCAGGUUACUGGAGAACUGAAGGGGCCGGGCAUGGACGUGAACCUCGGAGGCCUCAACGUGAAAGGGCCUCAAAUCUCGGCACCGGACGUGGACUUGAACUUGGAAGGACCAAAAGUGAGAGAGCUCGGGGGCACGGGGGAGCUGCACGGGCCCUCCGUCGGAGGAGGGCUCCCGGGCGUGAGUGUUCAUGGCCUGGAAGGGAACCUCCACAUGCCUGGCAUCAAGGCCCCUGCGUGCGGUCUGGAGCUGCAGGGGGGGAAGGUGAGACUCCCCACGGGGCAGGUUUCUGGCCCUGAAAUCAAAGGCGACCUGAAAAGUUCGGGAAUCGGUGUCCACGGGGCCGCUCCUGACAUUAGCGUGAAAGGACCUUCGUUUGCUAUGGCGUCUCCUGAGUCCGAGCUUGGUGUCAGCUUGAAGGGCCCGAAAAUCAAAGGAGGUGUGGAUGUUUCAGGGGGUGUCAGCGCCCCAGACAUCAGCCUGGGUGAAGGGCAUCUGGGCACCAAAGGUUCUGGGGUCGAGUGGAAAGGCCCCCAGGUCUCUGCUCUCGACCUGGGUGCACCCACGCUGGCCGGUGGACUUCAUUUCUCAGGACCAAAGGUGGAAGGAGGAGGGAAAGGAGGCCAGAUUGGACUCCAGGGUCCUGGGCUAAGCGUGUCCGGGCCGCAAGGUCACUUGGAAAGCAGAUCUGGAAAAGUAACAUUCCCUAAGAUGAAGAUCCCCAAGUUCGCCUUCUCUGGCCGCGAGCUGGUUGGCAGAGAAGUGGGGGUGGAUAUCAACUUCCCCAAAGGCGAGGCCAGCGUCCAGGCUGGUGCCGGAGAGGGCGAGUGGGAAGAGUCCGACGUCAAACUGAAGAAGUCCAAAAUCAAAAUGCCCAAGUUCAAUUUCUCCAAACCGAAAGGGAAAGGCGGCGUCACCGGCUCGCCAGAGGCCUCCAUCUCGGGGUCCAAAGGGGACCUGAAGAGCUCGAAGGCCAGCCUGGGCUCUUUGGAAGGAGAGGUAGAGGCCGAAGCAUCUUCGCCCAAAGCCAAGUUCUCCUUGUUUAAAAGCAAGAAGCCGCGGCACCGCUCCAACUCCUUCAGCGACGAAAGAGAGCUCUCGGCGCCGUCCACGCCGACCGGGACUCUGGAGUUCGAAGGCGGCGAAGUGUCGCUGGAAGGCGGAAAGGUCAAAGGGAAACACGGGAAGCUGAAGUUUGGUACCUUUGGUGGAUUAGGGUCAAAGAGCAAAGGUCAUUAUGAGGUGACUGGAAGUGAUGACGAGGCAGGCAAGUUACAGGGGAGCGGGGUGUCCUUGGCCUCUAAGAAGUCCCGACUGUCCUCUUCCUCCAGCAAUGACAGCGGGACGAAGGUCGGCAUCCAGCUGCCCGAGGUGGAGCUGGCGGUGUCCACAAAGAAAGAGUAGCCGGCCUCUGUGUACAUACAUGUAUAAAACGCGACAGCCUUGGGUGUGUUUGUAAUAUAACCUCAGAGAGCAGCACGCCCGCAGCUCAGCAGCAAGGCCAAGAGCUGGCCUCGCAGGGCAGGUGCUGGCCGGCCCGCCGCCCGGGCCCCGGGAGCUCCCGACGCCUCAGAGUCCCAGGUCUGUCCAGCCGCGUGCAGAGUCAACAGUAUUUGCCUUAAGAUUUCUCUUUUUAUUUUUAUUUUUUUUUGCAUUGAACGCGGAGAACUCCUGUUUACUACGCCAGCUUUUGUGUUUAUUAUCCUUAUUUUUACUGAACAUGGGUAGCGUUGGGGUCAUCGGAAACCCACUUACUUUCUCAUUGCAAUGACUUUGCGGGUUUUUGUUAGUGAGGGUGGGGUGGGGUAGAAGGCAGUAAAGGGAACCAGACCCCCGUUUCUCCUAAGAUUGGGUCCACUCAAACAGCAAGCCCCCCACGAUGGCCAAGAGGAGUGGGCGGGCGGGGCGUGUGGGUGUUUCUUUAGAAACCCUGACCAUUGCUGUCCCCCCCGCGGUGGGCGUCCCGCCUGCGUGGUGUCAGGGUGAGAGGGAGUUAGAAUCUGUGUGCAGUUGGGCCGGCCCGGCUCAGCGCGGGGGCUUCCCUUCUGGGCAUGGUGAGGGGAGCGUUUUCUUCGUGGCCACCCUGUUCCCGAUGCUAGUUCUGGUUUCUUUUAACAAAUGUUACCGUGAUUAAGAACUUCCCCCCCCCCCCGCACUUUAAUGGCAACUUAAUUAAGAAUGUAAGAGAAUCGAUGCUGUCAGAGGCAAAUAAAGCUGUUUAUUAACCUGA